AUGGCUCCACAGGUAUUUUGUUGCGAUAAGGUCAAGCCUACGGCUUUCGAUGAAGAUUACAGACUCGGAAUCUUCAUCUACUGGGCAAAAUCCAAACACAAGAGACCGCCAACCAAAGAAGACAACCUAGGGCUCAACGUCCCGUUCUGCGUCCAAGUGUUCCAAAGGUCCAAUCCCGACUCAGCCCGGCUCUUUGUACCAACCGGCUGGGGUGAAUUCGGCGAGAUCGGACGGAAAUUGCUCCCAGCACCGUGGGCGUCACAUGGACCAUCACAUUACAAGUGCAAAAUUCAUUGCACGGCCUUUCGGGUUACAUUAUACGAGAAAAAUGUCAAAUCGCCAACCCUGUCUCCAUUCGCGUCUGUGACCUCCCAUAUAAAACUUCCCGAUCAACGCGGCUGUAGAGAGGCUUCCUCGUCGACAACCGGAGAAGAGACAAAGAUGGAAGGAAUAGACGCUUCAACAAAUCCAUCAGCAGAAAAAGACCCAAGCCCAGUGGGUGCGGAUUCCAAGUAUGAUGUGGAGAAUAUUGCUUCGUUGGUGAAUACGCCUGUGGGUCAAUAUGUCUUUGACCUAAUUAGAAGGGUGAGAGAUACGACAAUUAACGAGGGCUUCCUUCCUACCAAAACCGAGUUUUUCAAAAUGCAUAAUAUCUGGAUCUGGAUGCUGAUGUCCGCUGGAGAUACAAUUGCUGGGUUCUUGAUGGCCUGCAGCCCUUCCAACGCCUAUACCGGAGAUUACAAAGUCAAGCUAGUCGACGACUGUGCAGCCGCCAUUCAUGCAGCGUAUUGCCCCGAUAUUGAUCAGCAUGAGGCCCUAGCUAGAAACGCUUCUGGCUUGGUCGGUGGUCUCCAUUGUCAAUACCUUCCGGAUGAUGAAUAUCUGACUUCAAUGGUGAAUGAUGCUGCUGAGGUACUGGAGGCUAUGGAAAUAGACUAG